GGAAGGAAAGAAUGCAUGGAGCCAAGACAAAGGUAUUCAGGGACAUCUCUGCUAAAUUACAGGAGCAUCUGGGGUGAACCAAGGAAAUUUGACCCGAAGUUCAGAGGACCUAUUCACAGCAGGCACUGCACAGACGUUAUUUGCUGUGUGAUCUUCAUAGUUGUCAUUCUGGGUUACAUUGCAUUAGGAGUUGUGGCUUGGGUGCACGGUGACCCCAGGAAAGUGAUAUAUCCAACUGACAGCUAUGGGCAGUUCUGUGGUCAGAAAGAAACCCUCAAUGAGAACAAGACCAUUUUGUUUUACUUCAACAUUCUGAAAUGUGCCAGCCCAGUAGUGUUAAUAAACCUGCAGUGCCCUACAACACAGCUUUGUGUUUCAAAGUGCCCAGACAGGUUUGCAACUUACAUUGAUGUUCAGGCUUCCUACAGAUAUAAACCAGAUCAGUGGAAUUACUUCAGGCAGUUCUGCAAACCUGGCUUUAACAAUCCUCGCAAGUCUGUUGCUCAAGUCCUACGUGAUGAAGAUUGUCCUUCGAUGAUCAUUCCAAGCAGGCCUUUUCUUAAGAGAUGCUUCCCAGACUUCUCCACAAAGAAUGGUGUGUUGACCGUGGCAAAUCAGACUACGUUCAAAGAUGGAAGAGGGAAAACAAGAAAUGUAACUGAUCUCAGGGAAGCUGCAAACGGCAUCAAUAAUGUCCUGGAUGCAAGAUCAAUUGGAGUGAAAAUUUUUGAAGACUAUGCCAUUUCUUGGUAUUGGAUUUUAAUUGGGCUGUUCAUUGCGAUGAUGCUGAGUCUGCUCUUCCUUGUGUUAUUGAGGUUCACGGCUGGGGUUCUCUUCUGGAUUUUCAUCUUUGGUGUGAUUGGAAUUAUAGGUUAUGGCAUCUGGCAUUGUUACUGGGAAUAUGAUCAUCUUAAAGGAAUACCUGGAUCUGACCUCACUGUUUAUGAUAUUGGAUUCCAGACAGACUUCAAAGUGUACCUGCAACUGAGGCAAACAUGGUUAGCAUUUAUGAUAAUACUUUGUGGUGUUGAAGUCAUAAUCAUACUGAUGCUGAUCUUCCUAAGAAAUCGGAUCCGGAUUGCUAUUGCACUGUUGAAGGAAGGUAGUAGGGCUAUUGGCUAUAUAAUGUCUACACUGUUCUACCCCAUCGUCACCUUCAUACUCAUUGCAAUUUGUAUUUCCUACUGGGCUGUGACAGCUGUUUUUCUGGCCACAUCAGGAGAACCUGUGUAUAAAGUCAUGGCUAAUCAAACACUGUGCAAGUAUGCAAACCUGACUUGUGACCCAGAGCUAUUACUGCUGAGCAUGACACCGUAUGGUGUGAGAUACCCCUGGGGUCAGCUGGGAUACCACACAGGUUCGCUGGCAUUCGGCGCCUUAAUUCUUGCAAUUGUCCAGCUUAUUAGAGUAAUACUGGAGUACUUGGAUCACAAACUGAAAGGUACUCAGAACUCCUUCACUAGAUUUCUACUCUGCUGCCUCAAGUGCUGUUUCUGGUGUUUGGAAAAAUUCUUAAAAUUUAUAAACAGAAAUGCCUACAUCAUGAUUGCCAUAUAUGGUAAAAACUUCUGCACCUCGGCAAGGGACGCAUUCUAUUUGCUUAUGCGGAAUGUGGUGAGAGUUGCAGUUCUGGACAAAGUAACAGACUUCCUUUUAUUCCUGGGGAAAAUUCUUGUUGCUGGUGGUGUAGGUGUCCUUGCAUUCUUUUUCUUCACACAGAAAAUUCCAAUCUUUGCACAGGAAGUGCCAACGUUAAAUUACUACUGGGUACCAUUGUUGACAGUCAUCAUUGGCUCCUACCUAGUUGCACACGGGUUCUUCAGUGUCUAUGCAAUGUGUGUCGACACGCUUUUCCUCUGCUUCUGUGAAGACCUGGAAAGAAAUGAUGGAUCUACAGCAAAACCCUACUUCAUGUCAGCAAGCCUCCACAGAAUUCUAGGGAAGAAGAAACUAAGCCCUAAGAAGGCAGUGGGAUAACAUGCACUGAACCUCGACAUCAAAAAGUGUCACUUUUAAGCAAAACGUGUAUAAAGUAGGCAAAAGUAAAAACCGUAAAUUAUGCUUCUGGUUAAUGGGUGAUUCUUUUUUUCCUUUUGCUUAUAUUUAAUACAAAAGAGCAACAUCAGUAACAUUUAAUUAGUUUAAAUGCUUAAACUAACAGCUGUGAAAACAAGGCCACGUUUUAGUUUAUAGAGUGCCUAUGGAAAGGAAAAUGUAAAUUUGAAGCUUUUAUAAGUCUAUAAUGAUGUUUUAAUAAUUUUUGUAAUACAAGUUGCUGCCUUAGAUGACAGCAGUUUUGAUAAUGUUUCUUUUUAUAAGUGUAUAUUUGUAAAAGAAAUUCAGGCAAUUUUUUGAAAGCACUAACAUAUAACCUAAUUAGCCAUAAAAAAGAUAGUUUAAGACUCUAGUUAACCUGGAGAUGGUACUAAAUUUGUAAAUAUGGUGCUAUGAUUGUAUUUUUUUGUACAAGCUGGUUCACAGCUAUUUAAACUGUGAUUAUACAUGCAUUAAUGAUUCCCUACACUGAAAAACGUAGUGAUAUUUUAAUCACAUCCACAACUGCAUCUUUUAAGACAUGAUGGUACCCUGCAGGUCCUCAAAGAAGGAAGUCAGAAAAGACUUUAGUUGAUACUGCUUAAAGUGAAGUUUUCUGUAAGUUGUGCUUAAAAGAUGAUGUAACUGAGAGAAGGUCCCACUGCACUUGAAGUGAUUUGUGGUUCACACAAAUGAGGUUUCAUCUGGUACAAGAUGGUGAAUGUAUCAUUUUUAGCUGAUGUCUAAGAGAGAUGCACAUGUGUUAAUAUUAAUAUCCCCCUAUCUCUGACAAGUCUCUGAAUGUGUUCUGUGUUGCAAGGACGUUGAGCUUCACUGAAAGGAAAACCAAAUACAAGUCUUUUUUUCCUUGAAAGAAAGUCUUUGCCGUGUGUGUGCACAAGGAGUUCCAUUGCCUCUGCCCAGCUCAGAAGGGCUCUUUACCAAGCCAUUGGAACAACUGUGCAACUGCUGAGGGCCAAGGGUGCACUUUCUGCACGUCUUCAGGCUCCCAGUGGCUCACACAGUAAGGUAUUAGGACAUUGAAUUCAAGUCUUCUCAUGAUACAGGAUUAAUUAUUUGGCUACUGAGAGAUGCUCUGAAAGAUUUAGUUUGCUUUUUGGUUAUUAAAUUUGCCCAGUCAUUAGUACAAAAUCAUUAAUGCAUUUAACAUUCUUUGUGGUUUAUGACCCUCCCACUGCGGUUAAGUAACAGCUCUGCUGAUGGAAAAAGUCCAGCACUGAAGUGCUUCUCAAGUCUGUUACUUCCAGGAGCUGAGCUGAAAAGGUUUUAAUUUAUUAGUCUCCUGGGGGACCAAGGACCAUACUGAGACCCUAGUUUUCAUGGGUUCCACUGUACUAAGUUAUUCCAGUACUGUCCGCUUUCCAGGAGUUGCAUGUGCCAUAAAUUUGCCAGUUCUAUGACAGGAGUUCAGCACCUGGAAAUACUUUUGUAGCCCUAGGUAUCAAUUGGUGUCACAAAAAGAAAGGCAAAUUCUUCUUCAGAUGAUUUGAAGGCAAGUUUCUGGAAAAUGUACUGACCAUCCCCAUCUCAGUGGGAUUUUGCUCUCUGACUUACAGCUGCAGUUUGUGAUGGCUGUAAUUGCUACAAGUGCAGGAACAUUGUCCUUUAUGCAGCGGGUCUGGGAUUGUGGUGAUGUGAAGGUAACCUUCUUCACCCACGCACUCACACUCAUGGGCAUGGACAGAUCAUGAAAUCCUGUGACCUGAGGUGCAGGUGGGAGGGUCCUUGAGAGCAUUCUCCGUGGUCCAGUGGGUGCUGCAGCACUUUUCCUUGAAACAAAAGUGAGGAAUUCAGUUUAGGAUUCAAAUAAUGUAAAAUAAAGGUGUACAGUUUCAAGCAUAACUACUGAUUAUGGGCACCUUCAGUUUUUGGUAACCCCUUGUGAGAUACCCCAAAGUAAACCUGACUUUCAGAAAGGACUGAGAGCCCUGCCUUGGGAAAAAAAAUCAGAUUCUUGAGGGAUGAAGUUUUUCAUCAUCAUCAGUCCUUUCUCAUUAUGUGCAUGGCAUGGAAUUCACACCCCUGCCAGGAUUCUAAUUUUUUCUGAGAAUUAAGUCAGUAACUUUUGAGGGUAUGUGUCACCAUUCUGUGAUUAAAGAAGCUGCUGGUCUAAUUACAGUCCACGUUCUAAAGCUUUUUUUUUUUAAUGUGAUUAAUUUGGUGACAAAGAAACUGCAUUAAGUAAUCUAUAUUUCUACUGGACUUGAGUGUCUUACUGGGAGCUCAACUGGAAAAGCUUCUGAUACACCUUGCUUUUUUAUCAUAUGAAUGUAACCAUAGAAUUUACUAGGAAUAAAACAUAAUAGAAAUAGUAUACAGUUAUUUGAUUAGAAGACUUUUGUAACAAACCUAUGCAUUUACUAAAUGAAUUUCUAAAAGUGAAAGUUUUAAAUUGUAUUAUUAUUUAUAUGAAGUAAAAAAUAUAUAUGUAUAAAUUUGCUCUUCUCACUAUUUUGUGAAAGUCUUUAGAAUGUAAGUGAUCAUCAUUUCUGAGAAGAAAAUUUAAAAGCCAUUUUCUUAAUAAUUAUGAGAACUGUGAAAAUACAAAGCAAUACCAUGUAGGUUUUGUAAUCAAUAAAUUCAGUAAGUAAAUAAUAAUUAUUUAAUAUUAAAA